AUGUCAGGUCCGGGAUUCACCAGCCCCUUUGGGGCAAAUUCGAACCCAUUUGGCUCUUCCAGGCUCGACACGGGCGCCAUGCAAAGGGUAGCCGAAGAAGAUGAAAACGACACAGUCACUUCGCCCACAACACCGAGUUUUGUCCAGACGGCCGGCUACAUGUUUAGAGGACCCUUUGGAGGCGACUCCGCUUCUGAACCCCAACAUUCCGGGUUGAGAAGCCCGCCAGUGUCAGAAGGCUAUCCCGCCCAGUACAAUUUUGGACGUCGUACCUCGGUGUCGGCAGAGUCUCUUAAACCGGUUGGCGAUAGCUACGACAACUGGGCGCCCCCAGUACAUCCUAAGACGUCAGAACAGCUGGGCCGGCUGAAACAGGCCAUGAGCGGCAACUUCCUGUUUAGUCACCUCAAUGACGUAGCAAAGCGCUUCAGGUUCAUGAGGGCUUUUGGUAGAAAAAAGCCGAUUCUUACUCAAGGGAAUUCAAGGGCUCUUUCGACGUCUAUGUCAAUAGCAGGGGCCGCGACGGUCAUCUCGGCCGAGCCGCAAUGCAUGCUGUGGGCACUCGACCGCGUCACUUUCCGCCGGAUCCUGAUGGAGUCGACCUUCGCACGCCGCCGCAUGUACGAAGGUUUCCUCGAGGAAGUGCCGCUGCUGUCGACCCUGACUCCCUACGAGCGGUCCAAGAUUGCCGACGCCCUCGAGAGCCAGAAAUUCCCUGCGGGUCACACCAUCAUUCGCGAGGGCGACCCGGGCCACUCAUUCUACCUGCUCGAGGCCGGCGAGGCCGUCGCGUAUAGAAGUGGAAACGACACACCGGUGAAGCACUACAAGAAGGGCGACUUCUUUGGCGAGCUCGCGCUGCUCAACGAUGCGCCGCGCGCCGCCAGCGUCGUCAGCCAGACCGAAGUCAAGGUCGCGCGGCUCGGCAAGUCGGCCUUCCAGCGGCUGCUGGGGCCGGUCGAGGGCAUCAUGAGACGGACCAAGUACGUGGGUGUUAAGACGGGCGUGGAGGAGAUGGAUCCGCUGCAGAUGUCUUAG